CCAGAAAAUAAUCAAAGUUAAUCAAAUAUUCAGUUUUCCUGGACACCAUAAAAAAUAAAAGAAAACAAUAUUCUCCAAGUAUGUAACAUGUUAAAUCUCUAUAAAAAACUUUCUUGAGGCUCCCCGAUCUCCAAAAAUAAAAUCAACCAUUAAAACAAAAAUCAAUUUUAAGCUUCUCUUCCCCCAUUUAAAACGCCGCUUCUUCAAAAAGGGAAAUAAUUCCAAAGAAAAAGGCUUUUCACAGGAAAAAGAAAGAAAAUAGAGGUAAAAAAAAGUGGUGGGUCUGUUUGCUUAGGUGAUCUUGUGGCUUACGGUCGGCACAGCUAAAUGAUUGACCAUUUUACUGGCCGAUCUUUACUCUGUCGGCCCAAAGAAGAUAUUCGGAGUACAGAGGACAACGACACCCCUCUGCAACCAUCUGAGAAGCCUCCUCAACGGUGGUCGCUCCUCCAGAGCGACUUUUCGACCCUCUCUACCGACAGAGGAAACUCAGCUGGCAAAGGGACGACUCCCUUCGCUCGACUGCACUGCCACGACCCAGAACCGGAAGCCCUGAAAGCUACUUUUGACGCUCCUCACUUCAGUUACUUAUAUUAUAGCUUUGGCUUUAUUUGAAAAAGAAGGGAAAAUACCAAUUUUACUCUGCCAUACAACCUAGACCAGGGGUAGGCAACCUUAGUUCUUUUAUGACUCGUGGACAUCAACUCCCAGAAUUCCUGAGCCAGCAUUUCUCAUUUUUUAAUAUUGGGAUUACGCACCAUUUGGCAGAGUCAUUAACUCUGUAUCUGGCAUCAAGAUUAAUAUUUUUAUUUUAUUAUGAGUUGUUAAACAUGUUUUAUGCACUUUUGUAACUCACCUGGAAAACACAAAAUAAUAAUGAAAUUAUUUUCAUCAGAGUAGACUAUAGUAAUAAGUAAAUAGUAAUUUUCAGAGCACUUUAAAAAUGUGAAUUAAAAUACUUUUUGGAACUAACCAGAUAGUUUAUAACAAGUGCUGGAAUUUUUUUUUUAAUUCUCUAUUAUUUCAUCAUUGCUUCCCACAAUUUAUUAAUCCAAAUCUCAGCUAAAUGAUAUUCCCUUACUAAUAACCAUUUUACUAUAGGAUUAUAAUGUAUCUUUCAAGUAAUUGUUGCAAAGCAGCUAUACCAGGUUAGGCAACCUUGGCUCUUUUAUGACUGGUGGAUUUCAACUCCCAGAAUUCCAUAUUGGCUCAGGAAUUCUGGGAGUAGAAGUCCACGAGUCAAAUGAGCCAAGGUUGCCUACCCCUGAGCUAUACGCUGGUCAUAUGUGGGGUUUUUUUUCCCUAAAAAGAACACCACCGUACAACAUAACCCUCCAGAAUAACCGAACUGCGCAAGCGUUUACGGGGCCUUCGCGUCUAAGGCACGCGAUUUCCGCAAAACAAUGGCUGCCGAGAGUGCGCAUGCGUGGAGUGGCGGGGGUUGUUUCUCCACAAAAUAAUGGCUGCUUACGUGCCCGGGCAUCUGCGCGCAUAAGUCUUCCCCGAUUUAGGUGGCGGGAGGUCCCCCUCGAUCGGACCCGAGGCGCUCAGGAUGCCGCAGAGACCUGGGGAGGAGGAGGAGGAGGAGCGAGAACGGAAGGACGCUGCUCGGCGUCUGUGCUCGAACAUCUUUGGUUGUUCAGAGAUGCCAGGUCAGGUGAUAGUCUCCUUGUCAACCAGAUGGAGCUGUUCGUAGCUACUCGCAAUACAAAUGGACAACCCAUAUUUGCAAAUGUUACAUUGCCAGUAUUCACUCUAAAGGAAAGAUGUCUGCAAGUUAUCCGCACAUUAGUGCAACCAGGAAACUACAGGGAGUUAGACAUUGUUCGUUCAUUAUAUGAAGAUCUAGAAGAUUAUCCAGACAUUAGGAAGGAUCUUCAGCGGCUUUCUGUGGAAAGGCAUAACCGAUUGAGGAAUGGAAUCUCUGAUCGACGUGAGGAGUCUUAAAUGAGAAAGCUACCUGGGCUAAUAAAGUGCUAUGUACAAGAGGUAUUAACUAUAUUUUAUGAAUGGAAAAGAUGACAUCAACUUUCCAUUGUGUUACUUAACUCUUGUUUGGUUUAGCCUAUGUAGGUUAUAUGUUGACAGCUGUAGAAAUGGACAGUGAGUCAAAAUGCCACCAGGUCAUAUCUAAAAACACUUUAAUAAAAUACAAAAAAUUAGGCAAGGUAUGGAACUUUGCUUAGAUAUCAUACAGGAAAAGAUGAAGUGUUGCCAAAGCUGUUUUUUGGUGGCUCUUCACAUAUUUCAACUGCUGUUUUAUUUUUAUUAUGUUUAUUGUAAAAACUGAACUGUGAACAAAAUAAUCUUCAUAUUUAAGAAUAAAUUACUAUUAAAUGUUCCACCCCUCUAUAUUUAUCUUACAGAUAGAUUUUGAGGGACAAGAACAUUAGGUUGUCUUUUAUUAUUCUUACGUUUCCUAUAGAUCAUUGUUAUUGCUGCAGAUAUCUGACAUAAGUAGAAAAAGAUGGGAAUUCCAUGAAUGAACGUAAUGAAGUAAUGAAUGUUAACUUCCACUAAAGCAGGGAGUAAGUAUUUUUUUAGCUAGUAUUCUUCCCAUUGCACUAACCCCAAAAUUUGACAGCUAUAUGGCAAAGACAUAAUUUUGUGAUAAAUUUAACCCUAAUUAUGAUAAAUUUAGCCCUAAUUCAAGUGUUACUGUAGUAAUAAAAAUGAAUGAAAUAAAUAUUAAAAUAAUAACUUCUACUUCUUUGAUGUUCCAGCCAAGAGAUCAUGACCAAGUGUUCCCUAAACAAUAGGAAGAAAACUUCCUGAAUUUCCUAUGCUUCUCAGUUCAUUACCUUACAGGUUGCCCUUGACUUAGAACUGUCAUUUAAUGACAGUCCAGAAUUACAAUGACCUUGGAAAGGGUGCUUUGCAGCCCAUAAAGCACUUCUGGCCUUUGCAUACAUUGCACCACCACCACCAUAGUCAUGUGAUCCUGAUCUGGGUGCUUGACAAACUGUUCAUAUUUAUGACCAGGUUAUUGCCAAGUGCCUUGCGAUUAUAUGAUGGACAUUUGCAAUUUUCUCUGCCAGCUUUUCUAGAAGGUCAAUGGGGAAGCCAGCAGGGAAGGUUUGCAAGCUGCUGCCACUUGCCAAGAGGAUUCCCUCUCAUCUCUGGGAGAGGUCUAAAAGAGCUGCCUCCCAAGGGAAGCUGAACCCCUUCAGCAGAUGCAGAAAUGGAGCUAAAAUCCUGAAGAUUUCGGCUCCAUUCUUCUACCUUGUUGAAAGAUUUCCCUUUCAUGUGCAGAGGGGAGCUGAACUCCUUUCAGCCAGCCUCCAGAGACGAGAGGGAGCUGAAAUCCAAGCAGAGAAUGAAGAGUCAAAUUAGUAAGGAAAGAAGUGUGGGAUGCCAUAGGUGGAUGGGGGAAACCCAGUGCUGUGCAUGAGUGUCUCAUGCAAAUCUUGCUUGGAUUUUGGCAAGGAGGAUUUUCAGCUUCUGACUGGAGCCUUUCUGGGUCUCUUCCUUCCUCCUGAGGCACCUGGUGCUCCUUACCUGGGACUCCGCUUAACAACCUGCACAAUUACUUAAUGACUACAGUCAGGAUUAUAGUCAUUGAGCAAAACAUCUUGUUUAAUUACCACUGCUCAAUUUAUUCCUAUCCAAAUUGUGGUCGUAAGUCAAGACUACUAUAUAUCACAUAUUUCCAAAACUCUCCAUUUUAAUAACUUUCUACAGCAGAGGUCCCCAACCUUUUGGGCACCAGGGACCGGUUCCAUGGAGAAAGCGUUUUCCACAGACUGGAGAGUGCGUGGUUUUGUGUGCUGCCUGCAUCCCACGGAUGGGGCUUUGCUUGUUCGUGUGGACCGGUUGCUGGCCUGCUGCGGCCCGGUACCGAUCCACAGACCGGGGGCUGGGGACCCCUGUUCUACAGCAUGCUGAGGUAGUAUUCAGCUGUUUUAUAAAAUAUUUUUGCUUGAGGUUUAGCAGGUGAUACAUGGAAACACUGUUGUCCAAUUUUCCAGAGUCUCUUCAAUAAAGCUACUAAAAACUAGAAUUAUUUUUGUUAUUUGGUAUCAGCAAAGAGUGCUUUCACUAUUCAAUUGUAGACUGACAAAGUGGAAUGAUUGAGGUGAGACCUAAUGUUUAGAUAUCAUUUUUCAAAUAAAGCAUGUUUGCUAAAUGAUUUCAUGUCCAAAACAGUUUCUAAUUUGUAUAAUUUGUGUACAUAUGAAUGUUGGGGGCUGGAAUUUUGUGUAAAUAAAAUUCUUCUCCUGUUUUAAAUCAGACAGCAAAAAUAGCAUCUUUAUGAAAAUGAAGUCUAUAAUAGCUCAAUUUUAGUAACUUAAAUAUUUAGUUCUGUAACUGAGUUCUUAGAAGAAAACAUGUUGUUAAUGUGAAAUUGGGCACAUCAUUACUUUUGUGUAAUUCUAUGUUUAUUUGAUAUAGAGUGGUAAUAGUUGUCCAGGCUGGCCUAUUUGACUUCUAUUUCUGAAUUGUUAAGAAUUGCUUUUAAUGUAUAUUUGACUAUUUCUCGGCAUUCCAUAUAAUGCAAUUUAUCUUUUUCUUAAAAAAAAGAACUUUGAAGGUAUUAAAGCAGCUUGUUAAUUGGA